CUCAUAUCGUCACGUCACAUCUUCAUCAAGCCGACUGGAACGCCUCUACGACCUCUCGUACCACCGAGAGCGCAAGCGCAAAAAGACAUCACCCUCGUUCACGACCUCCUCACCAUGCCGGUCCCAGUCUCGAUGUCCAAGGCCCCAGGGGACUGGUCGGCCUCGGCCUACCGAACGGUAGCAGCCGAAAUGACCUCGACGUUGGACCUCGGAUCGAAGGGGGCCGAAGUCGUCGGCGCUCUCGUACACAUCCACUUCUCAGCAUACACAGCAGCCGAGCGCUUGAGUCGGCGGCAAGGCCGGAAGCUGCAUCUUGGGCCGCGCUACUUUCUCGAUAUGAUACAUCACUACGUGCAGCUCAGCAACGAAAAGCGUGGAGGGCUCGAGGAGGAGCAACGUCACUUGAAUGUUGGUCUAGACAAACUCAAAGAGACUGUUUCUGCUGUGUCGGAUCUUCAGAAGAGCUUGGCUGUGAAGCGUACACAGCUGACGGCCAAGAACUCUGAGGCUAAUGAGAAGCUGCAAAGCAUGGUAGCUGGUCAGAAGCAGACCGAAGAACAGAAGCAGGCAUCGCUGGCGUUGCAAUCAGAUCUCGAGAGACAAGAGACAGAGAUAUCAGAGAGGAGAGAGGUAGUCAUGGCGGACCUUGCCGAUGCUGAGCCCGCUGUGCAAGAAGCUCAGGCUUCCGUCAGCAACAUCAAGAAGCAGCACCUGACCGAAGUGCGGUCAAUGGGCAAUCCUCCAGCGCCUGUCAAGAAUGCGAUGGAGUCGGUGUGUAUCGCCCUAGGUCACAAGGUCGAUAGCUGGAGAGAUGUUCAAGGUAUCAUUCGGAGAGACGACUUUAUCGCCUCGAUCGUCAAUUACGAUACCGAGCAUAUGAUGACGAGACCUGUGCGAGAAAAGAUGAAGAGGGACUAUCUAUCGAAGCCAGGCUAUGACUUUGAGACGAUCAACAGAGCUUCCAAGGCCUGCGGUCCUCUGGCCAAGUGGGUGAUCGCUCAAGUACGUUUCUCCGAGAUCUUGGAUCGAGUCGGCCCCCUCCGGGAUGAGGUCGAGUCUCUGGAGCAGCAGACAGAGGAGACAAAGCAACACGCAUUACACUUGACUGCCAUGAUCCGGGAGCUAGAGUUGGACAUCGAACAAUACAAGAACGAGUACGCUACACUCAUCAGCGAGACGCAGGCGAUCAAGAUGGAGAUGGAGACGGUUCAGAAGCGAGUCGACCGCUCCAUUCAGUUGCUAGACAGCCUUGGGAGCGAGAAAGAGCGAUGGGACAUGGCAAGCCAAUCUUUCGAGACUCAGAUGAGCACAAUCGUUGGGGACGCUCUGCUCUGCGCUGCGUUCUUGACCUACGCCGGCUUCUUCGACCAGGCCUACAGGGGAUUUCUGUGGGCCGGCUGGAAGGAGCAUGCGAAGCAGAUCGAUCUCAAGCACAAAGCCGAGAUCUCGCCGGUGGACUACCUUUCGAAUGCCGAUGAUCGGCUCACAUGGCAGCAGAUGGGUCUGCCAAACGAUUCACUAGCCAUGGAAAACGUCAUCAUCCUGCUCCGCUGCCGACGAACGGCGCUGGUGAUCGAUCCUUCCGGUCAAGCAACAAGCUUCCUCCUGGCGUUGUAUAAGGAACGCAAGAUUGUGCAGACUUCGUUCCUGGACCCGACAGCAUUUGUCAAAUCACUCGAGUCCGCGCUGCGUUUCGGCUCACCGAUGCUCGUCAGCGAUGCCGAACACUUUGAUCCUAUUCUCAACCCAGUGCUCAAUUCCGAAUUCCGCAAGACCGGCGGGCGAGUCUUGAUUCGUCUCGGUCCCGCCGAGAUCGACUACAAUCCCAACUUCCACCUGGUUCUCGCAACGCGAGCCUCGGACCAAGACUGGUCGCCUGAUAUCUGCUCACGCGUCACUUUCUGCAACUUCACAACGACGCGAGCCUCGUUGCAGAAUCAGUGUCUGGAUGCGGUGCUCAAGGCAGAGCGUCCGGAUACGGACAAGAAGAGAACAGACUUGAUGAAGCUACAGGGAGAGUUCAGACUGAGGCUCCGCCAUCUCGAGAAAGCGCUUCUCAAUGCUCUGAAUGAGUCGCAAGGCAACAUUCUAGACGACGAUAAGGUGAUUGAUACUCUGGAGACGCUCAAGAAGGAGGCCGCCGAGGUCACUGCAAAAGUGGAGGAGACCGACAGUAUCAUCGCCGAGGUCGAAGAGGUGACGAACAAGUAUGUGCCCUUGGCCAAGGCUUGCUCGUCCUUGUUUUUCAUCAUCGAUCAGCUGCAUCUGAUCUCCCAUUUCUACCAAUUCUCUCUGAGGUUCUUCCUCGACAUAUUCGAAUUCGUCCUGCUUAAGAACCCAAGGUUGGCAGGAGUGACGGAUGCAGCUCAGCGGAUGGCGAUCCUCCGUGACGACCUUUUCCUGCACGUGUACAAGCGCACAAGCAGAGCCCUAGCCCAUCAAGACCACGUCAUGCUCGCAACGCUAUUGGCGCAAGUAUGGGCAAAGGAGGGCGACGAAGCAGAAGCUUUCGAAGGGGAGGAGUUCGCAUUCUUACUGGAAGGUGGUGACAGCGUCGGUUCUGCACCCGUCGAUCUGGGUGCGGCAGCCAACGAUCUCUUCGAUGUCGAAGAUCGCCGGAAACUUGCUGCUUUCCUGAAGCUGCCUGCUCUUAGGGGUGUGCCCACGCACAUCAAGGAUCACGUAGACGACUGGCAGGUCUUUCGCUCGUCGAACAACCCAGAGUCUGACAUGCCUCAUUUCUACAACGCGGACGAUGAGGUCUCACCGUUGCGCGACUGCAUCCUGCGCCUGCUGAUCGUCAAGUGCUUCCGACCGGACCGUAUUGAUCAAGCGAUGAUCAAGCUCAACAACGUUGCCUUUGGGUCUGACUUCCUUUCUGAGUCCGUAUAUGAUCUACAGAGCUUGGUCAAAGACGAGGUGACUGCAACGACGCCAGUCGCGCUAUGCUCUGUGCCUGGCUUCGAUGCCAGCUACCGAGUGGAUACUCUCGUGAAGAGCAUGGAUGUGCGAUGCACCUCGAUUGCCAUGGGCUCUCAAGAGGGCUUCACCCUUGCUGAUCAAGCCAUUGCUACUGGUGCUCGUAACGGCAAGUGGGUACUGCUCAAGAAUGUCCACUUGGCACCUACUUGGUUGUCCCAAUUGGAAAAGAAGCUGUCCGGACUCAACCCUCACAGGGACUUCCGCUUAUUCCUGACGUGCGAGACGAACCCGGUCAUUCCGAUUAACUUCCUUCGAGCCAGCCGCAUCUUGAUGAACGAACCGCCCCCUGGUCUCAAAGCCUCGAUGUUGGACCUGCUGCGAGCACUGCCGCCGAGUCGCCUCCAGCGGAGCCCGGCUGAAGCGACAAGGUUGUUCUUCCUCCUUGCCUUCUUCCACUCUACUGUCAUUGAGCGGUUGCGCUACACCCCUCUUGGCUGGAGUAAGAGCUUCGAGUUCAAUGAUUCCGACGCUGAAGCAGCCCUAGAUACCAUCGAGGCUUGGUUGGGGAGGGUGGCAAAGGGGCGAUCGAACAUCAACCCUGCUUCCAUCCCCUGGGACGCUCUGAGGUCUCUAAUCAAAGAAGCUAUAUACGGUGGCAAGAUCGACAAUGAAGCCGAUCAGAGGUUGCUCGAUUCCUUUGUCGAUGCUAUCUUCACUCCCCAAGCAUAUGAGUCUACCUUCCAUCUGGUGAAUGACGAGGCACAGCCUCUACAAGCGCCCGAUGGUACCCGCAUCGACCAAUUUCUGGCGUGGACAAAUGCUCUGCCUGAACAGCAGCCUCCUCAAUGGCUGGCUCUGCCACCUACCGCUGAGCGGGUCAUUGCAACGGCACAGGGUGUAUCUCUGCUCAGCAAGCUCGUUCGUAUGAGGCAGUUGGCAGAUGACGAUGGUGAACGUGGGGGUGAGGCAAGCACUGAGGAGUCGGCGAUUGGCAGUGGUGGAGGAACUGUAGUCAAAGCAGCCCAACCAGCCUGGAUGAAAGCUCUGCAGCAGAAUGCCACCCAGUGGACGGCAGCAUUACCUGAGCAUCUGUCGAACCUGUCCAACGACGGUGCCGGGAGCAUCUCUGACCCCUUAUAUCGAUUUUGGGCUCGGGAGCAUCGGACGGCAGCUGGCUUGUUGCGUACGGUGAGGGCCGAUCUCCGUGAGGUCAUUGAGGUCUGCGAAGGAUCUGCGAGGCAGACAAACCACAAUAGAAAGCUACUAGACGGCUUGCCCAAGGGCGUCAUCCCGUCUCACUGGAUGCAAUACGCGGUGCCCAAGAGCAUGUCUCUCAGUCAAUGGGUGUCCGACUUUGCUCAACGUCUGUCUCAGAUCGAGGUCGUAGCAAAGGAGUCCCGAUACGAGCGCGUGGGUAUCACACUGGGUCUACUAUUUACACCUGCAGCCUACCUCACGGCUACGAGGCAGUAUGUUGCCCACCGGACCAAGGUCAGCCUUGAUAAUCUACAGCUGGAGUUGAGGCUGAAUGAUGCAAACGCAGAGGGUGGCUUCCUCUUGGAAGGCCUGAAGCUUGAGGGGGCCCGCUGGUCAGACUCGCAGCUCUCCCUCAACGAUGGCUCAACAGCUACAUUGCAGCCGAGCAGUCUCGUCUGGCUACCUACCGGCGGGAGUCAGAAUCAACAGCAGCGGAAUCUAGUCCCUCUGUCUGUGUACCUCAACGGAGAUCGCUCCACAUCGCUAUUCAGCACUCGUGUAGCGGCAGAAGCUGGACUGACUGCAGCCAAAGUGGCGCAAAGGGCGGUUGCACUGCGAGCUGCAUGAGCGGUGAUUCGGAUGGGACGGAGCGGCUGAAUUGCCUAGAUUGCCCUUGCGCGGAGAUACCCAAACUACUCCCUGUACUUGUAGAAUUACAUUGACGAUGAACACCCGUCACCGCUCUCGCUGUGAUCCAUGCUCGAGCAGUGUAGGGUAGAGCAGGGGUGUCGUCGCCUCGGCAGUUCUCCGUUCCGGUGCGGAGCGGAAGUGGGCGGGCCAAG